CCAGCACCGCCACAACAGCUGGGGAAGGAUUUCCGACCCACUCACAGCGAAGAUGGUGGCAGUUACAAGAGUGGGGAGGUUACUGUCGCCGGGAUAGGAGGGAGAAAUAUACAACUGUCUGUCUUUUUUUAUUCAGAUCCUAAUUCAGUCUGAGAGCUAAGACAGGGAGGGGGCAAAGGGUGGCAACCAGCCACCGAACGGACGGAAGAGGACGCACCACAGCCGGAGCGCACAGCGUUGUGUUUGUUGGACACAUGCAAGCCUGCGAAAACUAGUGCUACUCAGACCUGAGGAAUUGGUUGCGAUCAGAAGAUAAGGAGCAUGUUUUUUUUUUCUUCCGGAUAAUCCAACCGAGGAUCACCAAGAUCCAGAGCCGCUCUGUGGAUUUUCCCCUUUCUUUGCUCCAAGGGAAUGCGAGAAGAGGAAAUCCAGUCUCAUCUCCAAAUAAGCAGAGACUCCUAACUGGGUCUCCGCUCCAAACGCAGGAAAUACGGCCUGGAAGAAAAAAGAAAAGUUUGGGAGGCUUUGAGAGGGGGGCCUUUACCAUAACAUUUUAACCUUAGCAAUUCUCAUGCUUCUGGGAAUAAGUUCAAGAAAACAUUCCCAUUUUACAUGCUGCUGGUGGUGUUAUUUCCAAGAGUUUUGAUCUUCACUAUUUAUAGCCCAGCCUGUUCCGACCGAGGCUGUUCCCCGUAGCUGCAUAUGUGUUUUGCCAACUGCGCUCAACAAGUUGCAGACACUCCCAGCACAGGCAAAAGACACGCUAAAAACUGGUGCAUGGACAGUUUUUCUUUUCAUUUAGUGCGGAUCAUGCGUGUUUAAGAGAGGAAGUGGGGGCCAGACCCUGAGCACCUCUCUUUGGGAAAGCGGAGAGAAAGAGAAAGAGGGGUGGGAAUAAACAGUGGAGAUCCGGAGCGGGGAGUACAGGAAAGGACGGGGCUGCAUCCGUGUGAAUAGGCCUGGCUGUCAGGGGCCUCUUCUGUGAUUCGGGUCUCCCAAAAAAAAAAACAAAAAAAAAAAAAAACUCGCAUUUUGUUGCAAAAGAAGAAAAUGGGGGGCCUGCUGAAAUAAAGAUGGCAGGAGAAUCUUUGGGAAUGGGAAAUGGAAAGCCUUCGCGCUCUGAGUGCUGUAUUAGAGUGGAUGCAGUGGGAGGUAAUUACUGCUCGCACACUUUUUAAUUAGCUGAUUUAAGACUUUUCAUCCAUUUAUGACUCCUGUUAUUUUUUGAUAAGCUAAUAUUUUUGCAUUAGAGUAUGCUUAUAUAUUUUCUACACUUUAUCAUUUCUAAUGAGUGCAGUUUAAUGCAUUUUCGUUGUAGCACGGGUUGCUGCUCAUAAUCAUACUAUUUUAUAAGGGAAAGGGAGUAUAAAUAGAGCAGUUAUGCAGGGUGUUACAAUCAGGAUAGUCCGACUUUUGUAACCAACUGUUGACAGUUUUUUUUUUCUCAAACAAUUAAGGAAUGAUGUAAAAAAAACUUUAUAAUAUCGCACAGUUAGUGGCGAUAAUUGCAAGUCUUGCACAUUGAAGAAAAAAAACCAUUGCACCACUAUAAGCAGCCCUUUUCCGAGAAGGAUGUUCAGUCCAGGAGGCAGAAAACGUGAUAAUGAUACUGUUGGCACCACAGCUGGAGAGAAAGCUGGACAGCCUCUUUGGAGACGGAUGCGUACAAUACGAGCAGUGACGCAAAGCCACGGCUCAGAUAAUGGUGUGCUGUAGAAGCUGGAACGGCGCAUCUUAAUGUGAGUGUGGGUAGCCGAUACGUCUGUCCACUUCAGUGUUUUUAUUCCAACGAACACCUUUUUGUGCUGCCUCCCUCUCCGUAUCUGUCUUCCUCUCCGUCUCUGAUUUGCCUGAGCGGCACCAGAACAAAUUACCGAUUGAUUGGCACCACCCUCCCCACCCCAUCUCCUUAGCCCCCGCUCGUCAGCACGAGUCAACAUGGCAACUCUGCAACAUCACAGACAGCUUCUUAUGCACGGCACGGAGGUGAGCUGCGACUCAGGCAUGGGCGAUGGCGCCAUCACGGUGCGGAUUGCCAGUAAUUCCACAUGGAUGCAGCAGCAAAAGCAUCUUGAGCCACUUCGGGUUGCAAAGAGUGAAGGAGGAGGAGGGGGUGCCAGUAAAGUGAACCCUGCCCUGCACAAGUACAGCAUCUCCUCCAGCUGCAGCUCAGCAGACUCUAGACCGGUCAUAACUUCCACUCCCAGGGUGCAAAAGAGGGCCCCUCCACUGUUUGAACGUUCUGCUGCCCAGUGCUGGGACCCCAAGUUUGACUCCCCUGUCCUGGAGGAGGCCUGCCAGGAGAGAUGCUUUCCUCAGAAGCAGAGGCGGUUCCGUUAUGUCCUCUUCUACCUGGCAGUGGCUUCUCUACUCUGGGGGUUGUACUUUGGUGUGAACAGUGGCCGCUGCGACCCUGUGACCUUCCUUGCCCCCACUGCCGCUUUUCUGACAUUGUUGGUGCUCCUAUUUUUGUUCACCUUCACCAAGCCAUACAUGUGGCUGUACAACCAGACCUCUCUGCUGCUAAUAGCACUUACUUUUGCUGUCACAUUGGCUCCACAGAUACAAACUGCUACCUAUGACUGGGCUGCUGAAGUGAAUGCCUCUUACAUCUCUCUGAACAAAGAGGUUCCCCAUCAUAUGUCGUGCAUCUCCCCCGUUGGCACAUUUUCCCUCUGCAUGGAGGUCCUGUUAUUAGUAUACAGCGUCCUCCAUGUCCGUCUGUAUGCCUCAGUGAUGCUGGGUCUCCUGUAUUCCAUCUUAUUUGAGGCUUUUGGAUGGCUGCCGUUGCUUCAGAGAAGCUAUGAAGCUACUGGACAGGUGUCAGCUUUGCAAAACACGCUCCUCUGGCUUGGCCCAGCCAAGGGUCUACUCCACUUAUGUGCGCACGUCAUUGGCAUCCAUCUUUUUAUCAUGUCUGAGGUACGUUCCCGCAGCACCUUUCUUAAAGUGGGCCAAGCCAUAAUGCACGGCAAAGACUUGGAGGUGGAGAAGGCCUUAAAGGAGCGAAUGAUCCACUCAGUCAUGCCGAGACGAGUUGCAGAUGAGCUGAUGAAGCAAGGCGAUGAUGAGGGUGGCGGCGAGAAUUCUGGUAAGAGAUAUUCCUCUGGUGCCUGCUCUGCCUCGGCCGUGGCGGUGGGCGGUGGAGGAAGUGGAGGAGCUCUACAAAGCCAAAAUGUAAUAAGUUCUAAGAAUAACCCUCAUAGCAAUCACAGACGUAAAAAGACUUCCAUACCCAGAGGACAGAUAAUAUUCAGACCCUUUAACAUGAAACGCAUGGAGCCUGUCAGUAUCCUCUUUGCAGAUAUUGUGGGCUUCACAAAAAUGUCAGCCAAUAAGAAGGCGCCGGCCCUGGUGGGUCUUCUUAAUGACCUGUUUGGACGUUUUGACAGACUCUGUGAAUUAACCUGCUGCGAGAAGAUCAGCACUUUGGGAGACUGCUACUACUGUGUAGCAGGGUGCCCCGAACCCAGAACAGACCACGCUUACUGUUGUGUCGAGAUGGGAUUAGGCAUGAUCCAGGCCAUUGAGCAGUUUUGCCAGGAGACGUGCGAGACUGUCAACAUGCGCGUCGGCGUCCACACCGGCACUGUACUGUGCGGGAUCCUGGGAAUAAAAAGGUUCAAGUUUGACGUGUGGUCAAACGACGUCAACCUGGCGAACCUGAUGGAGCAGUUGGGUGUAGCAGGAAAGGUUCAUCUGUCUGAAGCUACCGCCCAGUUCCUGAAUGACCGUUACCAGAGGGAGGAUGGGCAGGUGGCCGAGAGAGCAGGGCAGAGUGCUAUCGAGAAACUGAAAGGAAUGAAAACCUACCUUAUCUCAGGAAGGAAGCUGGAUCAUGAUGUGCAGUGUGGCUGCUCUCAGGUGGGAGUGCCCGGUGGGGAAUUCGUGGGGGUCAACAUGCCUUCCUGCCCUCAGCCUCGUACGCCAGACCUCAUCCACGGAGCAGCGCAAGCUGCUGAGUCCCUGCUGCCUUACAAACCAUCGGACAGAACUGUGCCUCCGUGUGUUUUCCAUGGCACCGUGCGGUCUUCCAUGGCAGAGCAGGGCGAUGAUGUGGCUGUCCUGAACGGCUGCCAGGAGGAACACAAGGCCAGCAGUGCCAAGUUCCUCCCAGGCCACAGCCCGAGAACGGCCAACGGUCUCCUGAGCCCCCCACUGGAGGAUGCUGUGCAUGCCAGCCAGAGCUCCCUGUGCGACAUCCUCCAGGACAAAGAAAAGAAGACCAGCACCAGCACAGGGACCGGCACUAGCCUUGGUAUGGCGGCGGCAGUGGCAGCAGCAGGUACGGGCAUGGACCACUCUGCCCUCAUCCAGCUGCGUGCCAAGAACUUCAAACAGAAGAGUGACGCCCACUUUGUGGAGGUUAUCAGGGAGGACAGUCUGAUGAAGGACUACUUUUUCAAGCCGCCCAUCAACAAGAUCAGCUUGAACUUUCUGGAGAGACCUCUGGAAAAGGCGUAUCGCAGCAGCUACAAAGAAGAGGUGAAAAACCGGGUUCCUGUGCGGACGUUUGCCAGCCCCACUUUCAGUUCCUUCCUGGAUGUUCUCCUCAGCUGCUUUGUCUUCCUGGCCUUGACCGUGGCUUGCUUCCUUCCGUCUCUGGUCAACCCGGCUAGUGUGGGUUCCCCGGCGCUCGCUGCCCUGAUCCUGGCUCCUCUGGCUGGUUUGUUGGACCUGGCCUCUCUGGUGUUCUCCGUACGCAUGGCCUUCUACCUGGAAGACCUGAAGAGCUAUACUCGCUCCCUGGCCUUGCUGGUCUCUGGCUGGGUGUCUCGUCAUCUCAUCGGGGCUGUGUUGGUCUCCCUUCCUGCCGUCUCUGUCUUGUCCCACAUCAGCAUACAACUUCCUCUCCAGGUGACCAUGUUCCUGUGCUGUGCCACCAUCUUGGCCAUAAUUCAGUACUGUAACUUCUGUCAGCUGAGUUUUUGGAUGAGAUCCGUUUUCGCCACAAUUACCGGACUUGCUCUUCUGCUGAUGCUGUACAGUCCUGUUCCCAGUUCAAGUAAUAACGCCGUGCCAGUUCAUGGGCAAAACUUUUCCACGUCCGGUGAUGGGGUUUCAGAGUUGGGCCUGAAUUCUUCUCCAAGACUCUUUGAUUUUCUGGUCACAGAGGCUAUCCUAGCCUUUUUCUUGCUUCUACUUCUGGUCUGGUUCCUGAAUCUUGAGUCGGAAGUCAGCUAUCGUCUUCAUUACCACGGCAAUGUGGAGGCUGACAAACAUCGCUCCAAAAUCCAGACGAUGCGAGACCAGGCUGAGUGGUUACUGGGCAACAUCAUCCCCAUCCAUGUCGCCGACCAGCUCAAGGAGGCCCAGAGCUACUCCAAGAACCACGACAGCGUGGGGGUGAUAUUUGCCAGUAUCGUUAACUUCAGCGAGUUCUACGAAGAGAGCUACGAGGGAGGAAAGGAGUGCUAUCGCGUUCUGAACGAGCUAAUUGGUGACUUUGAUGAGCUCCUUCGGAAGACCGAGUUCAGGAAUGUGGAAAAAAUCAAGACGAUCGGCUCCACGUACAUGGCUGCAUCAGGGCUCAACGUCCAGCAGAUGGCAGAUGACGAAGACGAGUCUCCCCAUGCCCACCUAAGGGCGCUUUUCAACUUCGCCCUAGAGAUGAUGGGUGUCCUGGAUGAUUUCAACAAGAACAUGCUGGGCUUUGGUUUCAAGCUGCGCAUUGGGUUCAACCACGGUCCACUGACGGCGGGGGUGAUCGGCACGACUAAACUGCUCUAUGACAUCUGGGGGGACACGGUCAACAUAGCCAGUCGCAUGGACUCGACCGGCGUGGAGUGUCGGGUGCAGGUGAGCGAGGAAAGCCACGCCGUCCUCAGUGCCAUGGGUUUGGAGUUUGACUAUAGGGGGACGGUCAACGUUAAGGGCAAAGGCCAAAUGAGGACCUUUCUGUACCCUAAAAGUGGAGAGAGCUUUUGCCAGGACCGAACAGAGGUGGCAGUUGGAGUUGGACCCAUAAUAUUAACUUCCAAUAAGACUUCAGCAGCUGUUGCAUCUUCUUCCUCCUCUCUUCCCAAUCAGUUCACUCAACCCCAAAGCACUGUCAUGGCUCCAGGCGCGAAGCCUGAGCCUGACCCAGCGACGAGCACAGAAGAGAGGGAUGAAGGAUACAGGGACUCGGCACAUAUUCCAGAAGAGUCCCCUGGCAGAGACUUCAACACCCUUCCCCACUCUGAUCUCGGCCCAGCUUCACAGGCGUCCUCUAAGACAGAUCCCGCUCCUCUCGCACUUCAGGAGGAGGAAGAGGUGAACGAGCUUACAAAACUCAAUGAGGAGUUUUAUGCUCGUCUCUGAUCCUAGAUCCCACUCUUCUUCUGUCUUCUUUUGUCCUGCUGCCUCCUCAGGACUGAAAAGGGCAAGGAAAUCUCUUCCUUUCUGUCUUAGACAUGGAAGACGCAGCGGAUCAUUGCUUUGGUGACUUGAAAAGGAGGUUGCUGAGGAUCUUCUAGCCAGAGUGGAUUUUAGACCUGUGUUGAGCACAGCUGUUUAUCAUGAUGAAAAGGAUUAAGAAAGAGGAAAAAGGGACAAUUUUUGAGGUGUUGUUUGUGUCUUUUCUUAAUAUUGUUUAUCCAGUGCCUUCAGGACUAGAGCAGUGAUCAAACAAAUAUGAAAACGAACAAGAUUUAACAACCUAAAUUACAGAACAUGCUGUAGUUUCUUACUUCAUGCUUUGUUUUUUUAAUGCAGGUAUUUUUUUUUUUUUUAUUCAUUACCGUUGUGCCAUAUCACUCACUAAGGGAAAAUCGUUUUAGUUUUUAUGUAAGUGCCAAUGCCGUAUUAUAGGCUUUGUGGGAAAUUAUGGGGAAAUUGAGGGAAUUACACAAAGCAGUGUUAAUAUUAUGUAUUCUGCUUUGAUACAAGGGCCUAAAUACAGUAUUCAUUUAUGCCCAGAGAUUCACUUAUAAGGGAAUAUGCUGCAAAGCAGGCUGCUUCGAUUUUAGCUUGUGUAGCAACUUGAUGAACAUUUUAAACACAGCUCUUGCACAGUGUUCUUGUUUUAUUUUUACCACUUGUAUUUAGCAGUUUUUACAGCUUGAUUGCUUCUAAGAAAUCUUUGAUAAAGAUCAUACAGUAAAAAGCACAAAAACUACACACAUAAGGGAAUAUAGAUCUUAAUAGGAUGUGUUUCUGAAGUAGUAACACCAUCAGUAAGCGGCAAGGCACUCUUAACACCUACAGUGCCUUGCAAAAAUAUUCAUACAUCUUCAACUUUUUUUGUUUUGUCAUGUUCCAUCCCCACACUUUAAUAUAUUUUAUUGGGAUUUUAUGUGAAAGGCCAACACAAAGUAGCAAAAAAUUGGUGGUAGUGAAGUGGAGGCAAAAUGAUUAAUGGUUUUCCAAUUUUCUUACAAAAAUAAAAAUCUGAAAAGUGUGGGUGUGCAUUUGUAGCCAGGUCCUCCAAGUCAAUCCCUUGUGCAGCCACCUGGCUUUAUACAUCUAGAGACUAAAAUAUUGCCUUUUAUUCUUUGCAACUGACUUAAGCUCAGUGGGAUUGAGUAGAGAGCAUCUGUAAUAGGCACUUAUAAACUCUUGCCACUGGUUCCAAGUCAGAUUUUGGCUCUGAACAUUAGGCCAUUGUAACAUGAAUAGGCUUUGGCUUAUACAGUUCUAUUGUUGCUCUGGAGGCAUGUAUAGGUUCAGUGUCAAACUGAAAGGUGAACCUUUAGUCAUUUUCAGCCCUUAAAAGGUUUUCUUCCAAGAUUAGCACCAGCUUCUGUAUCCAUUCUGAAGAAGCAUCAACUGCAUGAUGCUGCUGUCACUAUAUUUCACUAUGUUGAUUGUGUGUUCAGAGUGAUGUGCAGUGUUAGUUUUCUGUCCCCUAUAUGGACUGUGUAAAACUUCAAACAGGACUUCUUAUGGCUUUCUUUCAACAAAGGCUUUCUCAUUGCCCCUCUUCCAUCAAAGCCAGAUUUUGGAGUACAAAACAAAUAGGUGUCCUGGUGAUAGGUCCUCCAACCUGAGCUGUAGAUAUCUGCACCUGUCCAGAGUUACUAUGUGCCCCUUGCCCUCUUCUUUAACGCUCUCCUUGUCUGUCAGUUAAGGUGGUCAGCCAUGUUUUAGUAAGUUUGCAGUUGUGCCAUAAUAUUUUAUAACCUAGCCUUCUCCACAACUUUAUCCCUGAUGUGUCAGGUGUGUGCCUUGGUCUUCAUGAGGUUGUUUAUUCAUUAAUAUUCUCUAAAAAAAAAACCUCUGAGGCCUCCACAGAACAGCUGGAUUUAUACCAAAAACUAAUUACACAAAGUUAGAUAGUUUGCCUAUUAGGUGACAUGUUUUUAUUUAGGAGUAUCACAGUAAAGAGGGCUGAAGAUAAAUGCAUGCAACCAUUUUCAGAAAUUUCUUUGUAAAAAAAAAAAUAAUAUUUUUUUCCAUUCAGUUUUUUUAUUAUUUACCAAUUUAUGCUGGUAUAUCACAUAAAACCUCACACUUCCAUACAUUCUGUUUGUAAUAUGACAAAAUAUGGAAAACCUCAAGGAGUAUGAGUACAGGUCCUUCUCAAAAUAUUAGCAUAUUGUGAUAAAGUUCAUUAUUUUCCAUAAUGUCAUGAUGAAAAUUUA